AUGCCCCAGAGGGAAGGAUCACAACAGGUAGUCGGCACAAGUUUCCAGAGAAACAGCGACGGAGAGGGCCUAUCAGAAGCAGCCCACCAUCUUCCAGAACAAGAAGCGGGUGCUUCUGGGGGAGGGAGGCAAGGAGAAACUCCCCCGCUACUACAAGAACAUUGGCCUGGGCUUCAAAACCCCGCCCCGCCCCGCGCUGCCCGCUGCACGGCGCGUCCUGUGGGUGGCUUCUGGAUCUUCCCUUCUCCCGCCCCACAGACGGAGAGGGCCUAUCAGAAGCAGCCCACCAUCUUCCAGAACAAGAAGCGGGUGCUUCUGGGGGAGGGAGGCAAGGAGAAACUCCCCCGCUACUACAAGAACAUUGGCCUGGGCUUCAAAACCCCCAAAGAGGCCAUUGAGGGAACUUACAUUGACAAGAAGUGCCCUUUCACUGGCAAUGUCUCUAUCCGUGGUCGUAUCCUGUCAGGUGUGGUUACCAAGAUGAAGAUGCAGCGUACUAUCGUCAUCCGCAGGGAUUAUUUACAUUAUAUCCGCAAGUACAACCGUUUUGAGAAACGCCACAAGAACAUGUCGGUGCACCUCUCCCCCUGCUUCAGGGAUGUCCAGAUUGGCGAUAUUGUGACUGUGGGGGAGUGCCGUCCCCUCAGCAAGACAGUCCGAUUCAACGUCCUCAAGGUCACAAAGGCUGCUGGCACCAAGAAGCAGUUCCAGAAGUUUUAAAGGCGAUGAAUGAAUGAUCAGGAUGAAUAAAAGUUUUGUAGGAACCUG